AUGGAGGAUUCACUAGCAAACAUUAUUUCAUUUUUUCUUGUUUUUCAAUUCAAGUCUCUAAAGUGGGAAAUUGAGAAUUUCGUCCCAAAAUUACAUUUUCUCCUCCAAGCAUUUUCCAGCAAAUGGAAUAAUAGCUUCUGGGGCAAAUUGCAAAUUUCAAAAACUUCAGGGUCAUCCCAGGCGCCAACGGAGAAUAAGGAAAUUUCGAGGGGUGAAAAGGUGAAUCUGGAGAUAACCGAUGCCAGUUUGGUAGUUAACAGACUGGGAAUCGGGGGUGGAUUGGAGGAUAAUGGGGAAUUCGGGGGCUUUUGUGAAAAAAAUCUGUUGGCAUUGUUCGACGAGGUGGAGCCGAGUUUGGAGGAAAUUAAGGAAACUUUUGGGGCGUUUGAUGCAAAUGGAGAUGGGUUUAUAAAUGGGAGCGAGUUGCAAAUAGUUUUUUGUAACUUGGGGCUGAAGUGCAAUUUGGAAGAGUGCGGUAGGAUGAUUGAAAAAUUCGAUUGCAAUGGAGAUGGACUGAUUGAUUUUCGGGAGUUCGUGAAAUUGAUGGAAAAUUGUUUUUGUUGA